AUCUCAUCAAAACCUCCACAUCCCUCCUGCAUCCCACGACUAGACAUAAGCGUCUUUUAUUACACUUAUGAUAUGCACUUCUCUUGCUUAGAUAUUGGAGGGGAGCCACACUGCUCUGAGAACAUGAUCUUCUCCUUCGAGUCCCCUGAUUAAUAGAUCACAUCCGCUCCAUCCACCACUUCGUUCACACCAACAAAAGCGAAGCAACCACGCGCAGCCAAGCUCUCUUUCCUUUGGCUUCACAAUUCAACUCCAUUCAUCUCUAAGAAGACUUUCAUAAUCCAUACUUGACUCGUGAAUCACCACCUUCCUUGCUUGUCGACCUGUUCUACUCUCUUUCACAUCUCAUCAUGGCUUCGGACGAUUUGAUCGAGAACACGGUGGCAACUGCCGCCACUAGCAAUAUGGACCCGCCAAAGGAAGACACCGCGCCUCCUCUAGAUGAUAAUGUGGAUGAUAAUAUCGACGAAGAGACCGCCAUAAAGAAUCUCACCACCGACGUGCGAGACCAGGAUGCUCUCGAGCGUGACAUAACGCUGCAAGCUGCCGCAGUCCUACGAGAUGAGCAGGACAAGAAAGACCAGGCCCGGAUCGAGAAGCUACAAGCCACCAAGGCCAGACUCGAGGCACAGCGCACCACGGAAGAACGCAAGCUGCAAGGCAACCGCAACAUCCCGUUUCGACUACGGAAAAUCCAGGCCGACAUAGACAAGCUUCACACCCAGAUCAAGGACAUCGACAAGGACAUUGCUGAUUUUCAAACUCGCAUUGCAACCCGCCGGCUGGAAAGCGCUGCCGCGGAACAGAAUCUCGAUAGGAACAACGCCGUUCGGCUGCCUGGCGAGAGCCGGCGUGAUUACCUCGUCCGGACGGGCAAGAUCACUCCCUUUGCUCAAAUCGGAGGACCUUCUCAUACGCAGGGCUUAGGAGGUGGACUUGAAGAAGAGGAAGCAGAUGCAGAGGCAGAGGCGAAGGCAGAAGCAGAAGCAGCGGCAGCAGCCGAGCUGCUCGACAGAAACGAGACGGAUGAACCCCAAUCCCAUCAGAUUCUACGCAUGCCUGGCUUUGCUGAAGCCUCCGAGGAUGCGCUACCCACCACAGCCGAGGCCGAGUUUUCCCUGCGUCCGAGGAAGAGACGCAGGGUUGACAGGGAAGCCCCUUCGUCCGACGAGUUCGAGCCUGCUGCGGCCUUGUCAGAUGUCUCCGCUUCGGGGUCAGCCGCGGAACCGGAAGACCUAGAAGAGGAAUUCGAUUCCGACGAGCGCAGUACCGUCAAGCGCAGAGGAAAAGGCAAGGCCAAGGCAGCCGCCGAAGAAGAGCAAAAGUUGGAUCUGCGAGGCGUGGAUGAUGGGAACGAGGCCAUGUACCAAACGCGCCUGGAAGAUUGGGUCAAGAGACGCAGCCACGCGCGUCGCCAGCGCAGAGAAGCCGCGGGCAACAGAGACGAGGAAGAGAGCGAAGGGGAGGAGUGGUUCAAGCCGGCACCUGAUGCCGACGAUCACCACUUCGACGAGGAACUCAAACUGCCGGGCGACAUACACCCUGCCCUCUUUUCUUACCAAAAGACCGGCGUUCGGUGGCUCGCCGAGCUUUACACCCAACAAGUCGGUGGUAUUGUCGGUGAUGAGAUGGGUCUGGGCAAAACAGUCCAAGUCAUUGCUUUCAUUGCCGCAUUGCACUACAGCAAGUUGCUCACCAAGCCCGUCAUCGUCGUCACCCCGGCCACCGUCCUCCGCCAAUGGGUCGACGAGUUCCACAGAUGGUGGCCUCCCCUCCGCGUUUCCAUUCUGCAUUCGUCAGGCAGUGGCUUGCUGAACGUGAGGCGCGAGGAUGCCGACGACCUCGACGGGCCCGUCAAGUCCGGCCAUCGCCGCCUGGGUGCUGCGAAGAAGGUCGUCCAGCGCGUCCAGAGAGACGGACACGUCCUGCUCACCACAUAUAGUGGCCUUCAUACGUAUGCCGAUGAGCUGGUCGAUAUGGAGUGGGCCUACGCCGUCCUCGACGAAGGUCACAAGAUUCGCAACCCCAAUGCCGAGAUCACCGUCACUUGCAAAAUGCUCAACACCCCCAACCGCGUCAUCCUCUCGGGCACGCCCAUCCAGAACAACCUCUCGGAGCUCUGGUCGCUCUUCGACUUCAUCUACCCCAUGCGGUUGGGCACGCUGGUGGACUUUAGGGAGCGGUUCGAGAACCCCAUCCGUCAUGGUAGCUAUACGAACGCCACCAACCUCGAGAUCAUUGCCGCCGAGAAGUGCGCCGAGACCCUGAAACAGACGGUCAGCCAGUAUCUCCUGCAGAGGCUCAAGAUCGACGUCGCUGCCGAUCUCCCGGAGAAGACGGAGCAGGUGCUCUUCUGCAAGCUCACCGAGUCGCAGACGCAGGCCUAUGAGCUCUUCCUCCGCUCCGAGGACUGCCAGGCCGUCAUGGACGGAAGACGCAACCAACUAUAUGGCAUUGACGUGCUUCGGAAGAUCUGCAACCACCCCGACCUUCUUGACUUGCGUCUUCGAACCAGGCCAGGGUACGACUGGGGGAACCCGAAGAAAUCCGGCAAGAUGCAGGUUGUGCAAGGGCUGCUUCAACUCUGGAAGCGGUUCGGUCACCGAACGUUGCUCUUCUCCCAGAGCAAGCUGAUGCUCAACGUUCUCGAAUCACUCAUCGGAAAGAUGGACGGCAUCAACCAUCUUCGCAUGGACGGGGAAACCCCCGUUCACCAGCGCCAGGCCCUCAUUGGCCGAUUCAACGCAGACAGGAACAUACACGUCUUCCUCUUGACCACGAGAACCGGCGGGCUGGGCGUGAACCUCACUGGCGCCGAUCGCAUCAUCAUCUUCGACCCCGAUUGGAACCCGUCUACGGACAUGCAGGCCCGCGAGAGAGCGUGGCGACUCGGCCAGACGAAGUCCGUCUCUAUAUACCGCCUGGUGACGUCGGGCACCAUCGAGGAAAAGAUGUACCACCGUCAGAUCUUCAAGCAGUACAUGACGGACAAAGUGUUGAAGGACCCGAAACAACGCGCCUCCUUUAAUCUCACCGACCUAUUCGACCUGUUCUCUCUCGGCAAUGCCCGAGACAACAAAGGCCAAGACGACCGCAAUAAGCUGUUCCGAGGAGCCGAAGUUACGUUCAAGUCACGCGGCGAGCCGCCGAUGAAGAAGAGCGACAUCUCCAACCACCACCACCACCACCACCACCAUAACAACAACAACGACAACAGUCCUGCGCCGCCGGAUGCUUCCUACGUCAACGGAGGAGCCGAGCCCCGUCGUCCCCAAGACGAAACCCGCGACGUCGAGAGAAUGGCCUCCGUCGCCGGCCUACAGACGUACGACGACAAACACGCCCACGACGAGAAGCGCAUGAUCGAGGGCAUCUUCGCCCGCUCCGUUGACACCGCCUACGAACACGAAAAGAUCGUCAACGGCAAGCGCAAGGUCCAGGCCGACCUCGCCAUCAUCACCGAGGACGCCAACCGGAUCGCCGCCCGCGCCCGCGCCCACCUGCGACAGGCCGAGGCCGACGCCCGCCGUAACCCCGUGGGCACCGUCACCUGGACGGGCGAGGUCGGGGAGGCCGGCAGACGCGAGCCCCGCCGCCGCGGCCGCGGCCGCGGUCCCGUCACGGUGGCCGUUUCGUCGAGCCGCCCGCCCCGGCCGGACUUGGCGCCCAUCAAGCCGCCUGACUUUAAACGGAUGAUCACCCAGUUCAUCAAGAGGGAGCGCGGCGGCAGGGCUACGACCCAGAAGUUGAUUAACCGGUUUGACGUGUACUGCACGACGGAGGCUAGGAAGGCGGAGUUCAAGCAGGCGUUGAGUGCGGUGGCGGAAAUUGACGACUCGGGGGGGUAUGGGAGGGGGGUUUGGACGUUGAAGGCGCCUGCGGCCGACUAGGCUUGUCACUUGUGGGCUACAGGACGAAGUUUCUAGCGGAGCGCAGGGGGAUCAGGGAGUGUAGUACUUCACCCUGGCGACCCCUUGUGAGCCCAAGUAUGAUCGAUCAGAUAGAUGCCUUUGACACGAUACCCUCGGCUUAGCCUGUCACGGCAUAAGAAUCCCCUAAAAC